AUGACAAAGGAAAUUGGAGGAUCGGGUACAAAGAAACCAAUAACCAAUGAUGAUGCCAAGAUGUAUAUAAAAGAAGUAAAGAUUGCAUUUAAAGAUGAGAAGGACAAGUACCGUGAAUUUCUAAUGAUUAUGAAAGAUUUUCAAAUGAGAAGAAUUGAUAUACAUGGCGUGAUGGAAAGAGUGAAGGAGUUGCUCAAAUGUCACAAAGAAUUAUUAUUAAAAUUUGAUAUUUUUUUACCUGAAGGUUUAGAAAUCAAAUCUCCAGCGAAGAAGCCAAAGGUGCCUGAAGUGAAUAAAGAAAAAGCAGAAAAGUAUUUGGGCAAAGUAAAGACUCGAUUUCGACGUGAACCUUGUGUAUACGAUUUAUUUCUAGAUAUAUUGAGUAUGUACAAAAACAACAAUAUGAGUCUUAAGGAGAUGUGUGAAAAGGUUUUUUCACUUUUUAAAAACCACCGUGAUCUAGUCGAUGGAUUUAUUGAUUUUCUUCCAAAAGAUAGCUCGUAA